AUGGAUGGGGAGUACAGCAUCUACACGGGUGUUAAGAAAACCUUUGGAAACGUCGACUAUGUCUUUUUCGGUUCGUUGUUAGCUGUUUCAACAGGUAUUGGUGUAUUUUACGCUUUUAAAGACAAACAUAACGUGAACAGCAAGGACUAUCUAUUGGGUGGGCGGAAAAUGAAUGUCGUGCCCGUGUCGUUGUCAAUUCUUGUUACAUCUUUCUCGGCAACAACGUUGUUGGGAAUGCCUGCGGAAGUAUAUAAUUAUAACACUAUGAUUUGGUGGUUGUGUAUCUCCGCCAUGAUCGGCCUCGUCAUUUCAUCUAUAGUCUUUGUUCCCUUCUUUUACAACCUGAACGUCACAAGCAUCUAUGAGUAUCUCGAGAUGAGGUUUGGAACGGAAGUGCGGGUACUAGGGUCGACUCUAUUCGUCAUCAAAGUGUUGCUGUACAUCUCCUUUGUCUUGUACGUCCCAUCUCUUGCACUCAGCGCAGCAACUGAAUUCAGCUUAUGGGGUUCUGUAGCGGCCGUAGGGACGGUUGUGACUGUCUACACAACAAUAGGUGGGAUGAAGGCAGUCUUAUGGACGGACACGUUCCAGUCUGUGAUUAUCGUGGGAGGUCUGACAGGUGCAUUGGUCCAAGGAUCAAACGCCGUAGGGGGCAUUUUCGAGGCAUGGAGGGUAGCUGAUGAGCGCUCUAGGAUUUAUCUAACAGACUUCAACCUUGACCCUUCUACUCGCCAUUCAUUCUGGUCUCUAGUGCUGGGCGGAGGCUUCAUCUGGAUAAGCCUGUUCGCAGACCAAGUUCAAAUUCAACGUACCAUGUCAUGCCCCUCUGUAAAGACAGCAAAACUGUCCAUGUUGAUUUGUGCACCAUUCCUGUUUAUGAUCAUGUCCAUAUGUUGUUUGAUGGGUGUGAUCAUGUUUGCCUUCUACAAAGACUGCCAUCCCGUUGGUUUCAAUAACCUCAUAUCAAGGACUGAUCAGAUCCUGCCACUGUACAUAAUGGACAUCCUGGGUCACCUCCCUGGCGUCCCUGGUAUAUUUAUCUCCUGCAUCUUCAGUGGUAGUUUGAGCUCACUUUCCUCUGCUUUGAACGCCCUGGGAGCUGUCAUACCACGUGACUUAAUUCAGCCAUGUUGCUGUGGCCGGAUCAGCGACAGAUACCUUACAAUCAUGUCCAAACUUGUGGUGCUUGGGUGUGGUUUUGGAUCAAUUGGUUUGACGUUUGUCGUAUCCCGCCUAGGUUCUGUCUUACAGGCCACCUACGCCAUAGGAAGUAUAACUAAUGGGCCGCUGUUUGGCCUCUUCAUUCUUGGCAUGUUUUUUCCGUCCGCCAAUAAAAUGGGGGCAUUUGUAGGGUCUGUGACGUCACUGAUAAUAAUGACGUGGAUAGGGAUGGGAGCGUUCAUUACACGCGCGGCGUACACCCCUGUCUCCAGUGUGUACACUGACGGCUGCAACUGGAACGUCACAACCCCGGCUGAAGCAGAUAUGUUCAGUACAACUCCAAUGCCUACCACAGUGAAUGCUUCAAGUGCCACAGAACUCGAUACUGUAGAUAAUAGCAAUGGCUUGCUUCGGUUAUACUCCAUGUCGUAUAUGUGGUACAUGCCUGUUGCUGUUAUUGUUGAAGUCAUCGUUGGAUUGAUCGUUAGCUACCUCACAAAGCCUCUUUUUAAGCAGCAGUUAAAUCCAAAGUUGAUUUGCCCGCUGUUUGACUACCUUUGCCCGUGCCUUCCAGAAAAACUCAGAGCCUAUUUCCAAAAUAGACAAUCACAUGACACUUCACAGACAUAUUCGGACCACAGCUGCUGCAGAGGCUGGGAUGAGCAUCGCAAGUGUGACUGCAACUGUGUCGUUGAUCAUGGGCUGUUAGACACCUUCUUAGAAAUGAAUGAACUGACACCUCGACCAUUUCAUGUUGUAUAGUACCUAGGGUGUUGUCGUCAUCGACCACUGUUAUUUAUGACUUAGCUAUAAAUAUAAUCAAAAAUCUUUCACACUUGAAAAUGUUAUUCCAAUGAGACGCAUAUCAUAUCAUGAUUGUUCAUCACCUAAAAAUC